AUCAAUGCCUAGCCUGGCCUGGACGAACUGAUUUAGGACGACUUGCUUUCGUAAUGGCUUCUCUUCUGUCGAGGUGCGCAAGUUCCUUGAGAAAUUUGAGUGUUUCUCACGGGAAGUUACUGUGCCAGAACAGUGCACGGACAUUAUGUUCCAGUACCAACCAACCCAUAGUGCGACCUCGCGAUGAACUCCAGAAGGGACGACUGGUAGAGUUUGGCAAUUACGUGGCCGACUGCCUCCCGAAGUACGUCCAGGAGGUACAGGUGACCUACGGUAACGAGCUGGAGGUGAUGAUCCAUCCCGAAGGCAUCAUCCCAGUCAUCACAUUCCUCAGGGACCACCACAAUGCACAGUUCAAGUCUCUCAUUGACAUCACAGCCGUCGAUGUGCCCACCAGGUCUCAACGGUUUGAGCUGGUCUACAACCUGCUAUCCCUGCGAUACAAUGAGCGCAUUCGUAUCAAGACCUAUACAGAUGAACUGAGUGCCGUGGACUCGCUUGUACCUGUCUUCAAGGCAGCUGAUUGGCUGGAGAGAGAGGUAUGGGACAUGUAUGGCGUAUUCUUUGCUAACCAUCCAGAUCUGAGGAGAAUCCUAACCGACUAUGGCUUUGAGGGUCAUCCACUCCGGAAAGAUUUCCCUCUCAGUGGUUUUGUAGAGGUUCGUUAUGACGACGAGCUUAAGCGAGUUGUUGCCGAGCCUCUUGAGAUGACCCAGGAGUUCCGCAAGUUUGACCUGUCUAGCCCCUGGGAAUCGUUCCCCAAUCACCGGGAGCCAGCACCCGAACAACUGGAACAGGGCAAGACGGAAGAGGAGAAGUCGGAUAAAUGAGUCACAGUGUAUUUGAUAUGUAUAGAAUAUAGAUAGAUCAAUUCAAAUAUUAGCAAUGACUUGGAGAAGGUCAAAGGUUGACAUUAAUUUGGUUUCCACGAAAGAAGUGUUUAAAGGGAGAAGUCAGUACCCAAAGUCUGAUUCUUUUAAAUAGAGUAAGGUACUUGUAUUUUGUCCUUCUAGGAUGGAAUAUUUGCAUCCAUAUUUCGAAUGCUCUAAAAAAAAUAUUGUGAUGUCUUUGGCAAGGGGGAAUAUUCAAUAUUGCGUGAAUACCUUGAACCCCCCCCCCCCCCCCUCCCCUACCACCAGAUUCAAUUUGGAGCCGUAUCAACACCAGUUCACAGCCAGGAAAAUAUCUCUGUAGUAAUAUCAACCAUAUUCAUCAUUUUAUCCCCUCGGAAUGACACUCUGUACAUAGGAGACUAAAUAGCUAUCGAGAGUUAACAUCCCAGACCCAGAACUUUCCCAAAGAGAUUUGGACAUGGAGGGCAAAUGUUAACAUAUGAAUUUCUCUGGGACUCGACAGUGAAGUCUAACCUCUCCAAAACAUUGCUGAAUCGAACGUACAGCUUACGUCUAUCUGAAGUUUGUAUCGGCUUACUCAUAGAUGGGAUGGCUUUAAAAACUUCUGGGGCAUUACAAUCAGAACUUCUUACCUGUGAUGAAACAAUGUUGAAACUGACCCAUGCAUGCAAUCUUUAAGGGACUCUCGCUGUGAAGACACUAUUGUCAGUAGUGUGGCCAUUUUCCUAAGUCUAACAAAGGAAAUUAAAUUGAUUUGUGAUGUGCUUCAGUUGUCUGACAAUAUUUGAAUAAAGUUGUGUAUGAGACCA